AUGUCUGACGGGAAUUCGCAAGGUCGCAACCAGCGAAAAGACGAGCUGGGGUUUGGGGUUGUGGAAACAUCGUUUCGGCGUCUGGAGUUGUCAUCCACAAAGUCAAACCGUAUUGCUGUGGAACCGACCGGCGGAGCGUGGCUAGCGCGGUACCAGCUGUCCCGUACCGCCCACCGGUAUGGAAGUAGUCAGCCACCAGCCGAGCGACUCCAGGAGUUAUUCGUCAGAAACGAACCUGCUCAACCUUGCACCCAAGAGGUUCAGACGUCCAUCGCCCUUCGACUCUGGAGUAUUCUCGCUCUGCUGAAACACCUUGUGAGUCAACUACCAAGCUACACUCACGGGCCAUCGAAGCAAUCCUCACGGUCGAGGUCGACAAUUGGAGCUCAACCUCUUGUUCCUGAAGUCGUCCCGUUUACCGCCGAGCAGUGA